GGGAGUUGGAAAACUCCCAAUCAUUCGAUUUAAGCUCGAAGAAAGGUAAACAAAAGUACUCACAUUGCUGAGUUUCCUCCUUUGUUGCGAUGAAGCAGCUCUCGAGGGUAGAAAAACCCAGAGUUAUACGAAAGGUUUAUUUCGUGCUCUUCUUCAUAGCUGUAAAUGGAAACCCGAGGACGAAGAAAUGCCUUAUUCAAUCUUAUUACCGGGCAAAGAAUGGCAGUGGACUUAAAGGGACCGGAAAUCUUCUAAGAGUUGGUUUCCCAUUUGGCUCUAACUCAAACCGGCCUAGUCAAGUGUCUUUUACUGGCUCCUGUAGUGAUUCUCCAGCCGAAAUCGAAUUUCAGCUGAUACUCGCGAACAGAAAUGGAACUCUAGUCAUCACCUUACGUUUGAAUGCAAACACUGAUUAUGUGUUAGCAGUAAGAAAUCAGGCGUUGGUAAUUGAGCACCUUAACAAAACUGGCCAUGACCACGAAUUCGUUUACAGCUGUGUCUCAAAAGAGGAUUGUGAGAUUUUUACUCUAAAGAGCUUCAAGUCUCCUUCUUAUGUCAAGACCGAUGAGAAUGGAAACCCAUUAGUUGGUAGUAAUCCUUUGGACGUCACAGCAUGGUUCCAGAUGCUAGAUAGACUGAAGGCCACAUAG